GUGCAUGGGAAUUGUUAGCAGAGUUUGAUUUUGCAGCUCUCAUUAUUUAGCCAUAACAAUGCCAGCCAAAAUCCCUUUACGGCUCCGUGGACUACCCACAAUAAUAAUUCUCCUUUUGAGCUUCUCACCACCUUCCUUUGGUGCUCUCGAGGAGGGUUUCUACAAGGGAAAAUGUGGCUUUAGAGAUGUCGAGUCUAUUGUUGGAGGCGUUGUCACUGCCGCACUUAAAAGAGAUCGAACUCUCGUUGCUGCUCUUCUGCGUUUACACUUCCACGACUGCUUUGUCUCUGGAUGUGACGCUUCCCUCCUCCUAGAUGGAAGCAAUAGCGAGAAGGAUGCCCCUCCGAACUUGACUGUUCGAGGCUAUGAUCUGAUUGAUGCAGUGAAGAGUCAAUUAGAGAAGACAUGUCCGGGUAUUGUAUCUUGUGCUGAUAUUAUCGCCAUGGCUACCAGAGAUGCUGUUAAUUGGGCUGGAGGAGGACGAUACAGGGUCGAAACCGGACGACGAGAUGCCUUACAACCAGCCAACAUAAUUGAUCUUCCGGGGCCUUCAAUCUGUCAAAGACUCAAUUGCAGUCUUCUCCAAAAGAAACCUUACUGUUACAGAGAUGAUUUCGGCGACGAAAACACCGUAUUUCUCGACCAGAACCGUAUGAGUUCUUUUGCAGUUGACAACUCGUUCCAUAGGCAGAUAUCACGACGGAGAGGAAUACUGGAAAUUGAUCAACAACUUGCUUUGGAUCCGUUAACAAAGGAUUUGGUGUUGAAUGUGGCGUUCCGAUCUGACUUCGGCUUCAAGUUUGGACAAGCAAUGAUCAAAAUGGAAGAUUUCAAGUUCUUACUGGCUCUGCAGGGGAGAUUAGAAGUACAUGUGCGGCUGUUAAUUGAAUUUAUGAUGGAAUAUUGUAAAGAUCGAUCAUCAUAUUCACAUGUAACAUCCAUACUCCCUAAUAAGUUUUUCCAAUCUCUACCAUCAUCCUAA